GGCUGGGAGGAGCCAGCAGCGUACGACCCAGAGUAAAAAAGAGAAACUCGGCAAAGGCCGGGGAGAAAGGUGUUGGGUGCAGUCCGGAACUGCGUGCGUUCCCAGGUUCCCCGAGUUCACCGUUUGGUUUCCCGCUGCCUCUCACUCUCUCACUGUGCGUUCACCAGCCGCCAAGGAAAGUACGACUAGGGGACUUCUCUGGAAAGCGCCGUCUCUUCAGGAGAAGAAGCUUGUCUUCCGUUGCCAGCACUCCGCGUGUUUGUUGUGCGCCUUCAGCCGUCUCUGUGCGCUCACCGAGAGAGGGAGAUCCAAUCUUCACUUCGCCGGCGACACAGCAGUCGGCAUCGACUCCGUGGGGAGGUGAUCUCGGCAAUGCAAACUGCCACAUGGAGUAGCAUCGGGGAGCAACCAGCCUCGCCUCUGUCCUCCGGCUACAACUCCUGGAAGACGGCCACCCUUCCCAAGAACUUGGGGUUAGCCACGUCCGGUAGCAGUGCCUUCAGCCCUUCCAACACAGCUCCCAACUUCGCCUUCAAUAACAAGUAUGCCUUGCUCAAUGGCCCGAGUUUGAAGGGACAAGACUGCGGCCAGUUCAAGCCCAACCUCCAGUCCACGGUCGAGUACUUUUCCAACCCCUUGCACCCGCGAGUCGACAUGGCUCACUAUCACGACUCCUGGUUUAGACCUUCCCACCAAGGUGGUCCUGCCGAGGACGGGGGUCUCUCGACCACCUGGUGGGACCUGCACGCCGGGUCGAGCUGGAUGGACCUGCAGAACACGACGGCCGGCCUCCAGAACUCUACCCACCCAGCUGGGCUUCAGCCAACUCUGGGCAACUACGGGUCUGAGAACCAACUAUGCGGGCCACCCACUCACCUGUUGCAGUUCAACCAAGUCAUGGCCAACCAAGAGGGAUAUAAGCAGUCCGAGCCGAUCCAGGAUGCCCUAGUCUUGAAUCAGACGCUGGAUGGAGCCUCCAGACCCAAGACGGCCAGAAGAUCAUUGUCUCGAAGCUCGGGACAGGGGAACUGCCGUUGCCCCAAUUGCAUGGAGGCCGAGAGACUGGGGACAUCAGUGGAAGGCGGCAACAAGAAGAAGACCCUUCACAACUGCCACAUCCCGGGCUGCGGGAAGGCGUACGUCAAGACAUCCCACCUCAAGGCCCACCUCAGGUGGCACAGCGGAGACCGGCCCUUCGUAUGCAACUGGCUGUUCUGCGGCAAGCGCUUCACCCGCUCCGACGAGCUCCAGCGCCACCUCCAGACCCACACAGGCUCCAAGCGCUUCCUCUGCCCCGUCUGCAACCGGGUCUUCAUGAGGACCGACCACCUCACCAAGCACAUGAAGACCCACGGAGAAGCCAGCCAGGUGGCCGCCAAAGAGGCCGCCCGGGACGGCAGCAAGUGCGUCCCCCUGCCUGGACAACCCCAGUCACCAGACGGCAUGCUGAGAGACCGUGAGGGCAAGGGGGUCAACGACGGCCUCCCAGAUGCCGACAGGCAGCAGAAUUGAGACUUUGCAAGUGUGCGCUCAUUGUAAAGUUAACAUGUUAGUGUAUGAAAUAGUUGCACUUGCUAAACGCUGUAUAUUGUUGUAUAGGCUCUGAAGGAAAGUCAACAUUCCCCACCAAAAAAAGGUUACACUUUUUGUUAGUUUAGUUUAGUUUCAGAGAUACAGCGCGGAAACAGGCCCUUCGGCCCACCGAGUCCGCGCCAACCAGUGAUCCCUGUAUACUAGCACUAUCCUACACACACACUAGGGACGAUUUACUUCGCCAACGUUUUUUUCAUUACUAAAAGGGCAUUAGAAAGGUGAUGAAAAUCUAUUUAAAUUUAUUUACAAAACUGAGAAACAUGUUAGAGCUACAGCGUGGAAGGAGGUCAACCAGACCACUGUUCCUGUUCCAUCUGGCUGGUCCUUCACUCUCCUUGAAGCUCCGCGGUUUUUCCCAGUUGAGUUUGGGUUUGAGUCUAGUUUAUUGUCACGUGUACCGAGGUACAGUGAACAGCCAGAGAUGCUGCCUAUCCUGUUGAUUUACUCCAGCAUUUUGUGUCCAUCUUUGGCUAUAACAAAGUCUGCAGUUCCUUCCUGCUCAUAUUCCCAUUCCCAUUUGGGAAACAUUCUCUUCUGCGCCUUCCUUCCCUAUGGCUUUUUCAAAUUACUUUUAGUGCAAUGCCGAGACCUAGACACAAUAUUCUAGUUGUGAUAUCAGUAUUUUAUUAGGACACAUCACGCCUGCUUGUCGCUGUUAAGUAUUUUGCAUGAUAUUUU